AUGACGCGUGAACUUUUCGCGAAGUGGCUGCUUGCUUGGGACUGCGAGCUUGUGCGCGAGGGUCGCAAAGUGUGCGUCCUUGUUGACAACUGUACCGCGCACAACACAGAUGUCGCACUCAAUAACAUUGAAGUUCGCUUUCUUCCACCUAACUCUACAGCCAAGCUGCAGCCUUUAGAUCAAGGCGUCAUCAGGGCCUUCAAGGCAGUUUAUAAGAGGAGACUGAUUGACACUCUUCUCGUGAAGCUUCGUAUGAAGCAAGACUUGAAGAUCGACCUGCUGGGAGCAAUCCAGAUGCUUAAAGCGGCGUGGGACAGUGUGAGAGGUGGAACGAUUGCCAACUGCUUUCGGCACGCAGGUUUUGUUCCACCAGAGGCCCAUGCAUCAAGUGACGAUGGUGACGAUCCCGACGAAGCAGAAGCAGAGCUCCGCGAGCUCGAUGAGGCCUGGAACGAUUUUUCGCGUUUUGUUGGUGACAUGCCCGCAACAAUGACUGUAGAAAACUUCGUAGGUGGCGACGACAUCUCAGCGACCACGGCUGUACUGACGGACGCCGAAAUCGCUGCGGAAGUCUCUGAACAUCCCGCAGACGAAGCUCAGGCUGACCCUGUAGACGAUGAGAACAUUCCGACUUCACAAGAAGCAUUUGCUGCGUUGGAUUUACUGCGCCGCCACUGCAGUGCUAUUGAGGCCAGUGGAUUUGCCCUUGUUGAGUGUUUGCAAACUGUGGAACAGGGCGUGAUAUGGAAUGCGAUGAACACCAAGAAGCAGGCCGCGAUAACGCAGUUCUUUGUGCGUAAAUAA